UGAGGCGAGCAUUUCUUCUCAAAAUGGAACCACCUCCUUUGCUAAAAAUUAUUCCAUGAAAGACAGAAAGCAAGUUGUGGAAGAGGAAAAUGUGGCUGAAGCUGAAACCCGAAAGAAAAUGAAACAAAUAGAACGUCAACUAAGGUGCUUAACAUUUCGAAAUCCUGGUCCUUUGGUAGCUGAUUUCAACCCUGAGACCAGACUGCAGACAAAGAGAGCUCGCAGGACAAAACUGAGGCAGCUCGUCUUUGAAAAGAAAGCUGAUGGGCAGAGAAAAUAUGACCAAGCGGGCAAGCUCCUUCUCUGUGGUACAGACCUAUGUGACUGUCUAAAUGCAAACUGUUCUGGCUGUUUCUAUCCCUGCCCCAAGUGCAGCUCUUGGAAAUGUGGUCCUAAAUGCCGAUGUAACAGAAAAUGGAUCUAUGAGCAAAUUGAAACUGAAGGAAGUGAUGCAGUGCAGAUGUUCCCAAACUUUGAUUCAAAUGGAAUAUGUUCUGAUUUGAAUGACUUUAUACAAUAAUGUGAUUUAAAAGGUUUUAAAAGUGCCUUGGGACAUCCUUCUGAUAUGAAAGGAGCUAUACAAAUGCAAUUUGUUGUUGUUUUCUAUGUUUAGUACAACUGAUGGCUGAUAGUUUAAGUAUAAAUUAAUUUACGGGAUCCCUUCCAAUUUUUUUUCUGACUGUAAUAUAAUUCUAGUAUGUAUG